AAAGUCAAGAGAAGAGCCAAGGGUGACUUUAAAAAAUAUGAAUACUGUAUCCAUUGUAAGGGUAUGUUUUUGAGAGCAGAGCUGUGGAGACACAUGAGAAGGUGUUCUUCCAAACCGGAGGACCAUAACCACCCAGGAAGGAAGAGAGUACUUGGUCUAGCUGCAGUGGUCAAAUCAACUUGUUCAAGCUCUGUUGAAGAUGGGGUACUUAAGAUGUUAAGCCACAUGCAUGAUGACGACAUUGCAAGUGUGGUUCGCAAUGACUUUUGUCUUAUUAGGUUUGCUGAGUCCCUUUACAGCAAACAUGGACAUGACCCUUCAAAGCAUGACUAUAUCCGCCAAAAAAUUCGGCAGCUUGGAAGGUUCCUACAGGCCAUGCGCAAAAGCUCUCCAAUACUCACUUUAGAGGAUGCUAUAAAACCUGGAAAUUUCCUAAAUGUGAUUGAAGCAGUAAAAGAGACUGCAGGAUUUGAUAAGGAUCGUAACAGUUACAAAACUCCAAGUCUUGCCUUAAAGAUUGGUCACUCCCUGUUGAAAGUGAGUGACAUUAUUCAUUGCCAUGCUCUCAUGGCUGGAGAUGAGAACCUAAUUAAAUCCUCAGAUGCCUUCCAGAAGCUUUAUCGGGCAAAGUGGUCAGAGUACAUUUCACACAGUGCUCUGAGCACCAUUAGUGACCUGAAAUAUAACAAACCAGCAAAACUACCCCUCACCGAAGACAUCAUCAAACUGAACAAGCAUCUUGAUGAAAAUGCGAAUUCAGCAACCGCAGCAUUGGAGGAUGAGGCAACACCACAGAACUAUUCCAAUGUUGCAAGAACAACACUAACUAAGAUAGUUCUUUUUAACAGAAGACGUGUUGGAGAGGUUUCAAAAAUGAAACUGAAAAAUUAUAUGGAACGACAAUGCGCAAUCACCCAGAAAGAAAUGGGUCUUUCAGAAUAUGAACUGAAAUUGUGCAGUUAUUUUGAGCGUGUUGAGCUGAAAGGAAAAAGGGGAAGAAAGGUAGCAGUGCUACUAACUCCUGAGAUGACAAAAGCACUAACCCUGAUGGUUGAGAAGAGAAUGGAAUGUGGUGUGCCAAGCAAAAAUGAGUAUUUAUUUGCUGUUCCAAGCUGCCUGACUUACUACAGAGGACAUCAAAGUCUCAGAAAGUUUGCAGAUGAAUGUGGGGCAAAGAAACCAGAUUUUUUACGAUCUACUCAGCUGCGCAAAGAAAUAGCGACCACUUCUCAAAUUUUAAACUUAAAGAACAAUGAAAUGGAUCAACUUGCUGAUUUUUUGGGACACGACAUAUCAGUGCACAGACAAUUUUACCGUCUGUCUGAGCCCACCGUUCAGAGUGCAAAAAUUUUCAAGUUGCUUCUUGCACUGGAAAAGGGAAAGCUGAGUGAGCUACGGGGGAAAACACUUGAUGAAAUUGGAGAUCUCACAGAUGGUGAUGAUGACGAGGAUGAUGAGAGUGAGGAAGAUGCAAAACUGGACAAAGAUACUGCAGAUGAAAUUGAUGAACAAAUGGACACAUCUGACAGAGGGAGGGAGGCUGACAGACAUAUAUGUGUACAAAAUGGCAAUAACUUGGACAUAUCUGAACGUUCUACGUGCAGUACAGCCGACAGACAUAUUCAUCGACACAAUGUUUCUGGCAAACAGAAGCCAAUCAGAGCUGCAAGGCGACCGUGGUCGAAUGCAGAAAUCAGUGCAGUUAUGCGGCACUUUAAAGCUCACAUUGCAAAAGGUCAUCUGGCAUCUUUAAGGGAGUGUGAGCUUUGCAAAAAGUGUGAACCAGUCCUACAAAACAGGACAUUGCAAAACAUCCGAGAUUUUGUUCGAAACAGAGGGCUAACCCUGAAGCGCAAAUUAACCGUAACUCUGGAAUCUGACUGACAUCCAACUGUCUUCCAAAUAUUGAAAGUGUCCACGGAUUGUGAUUAUUUAAGUUUAUUUUCAUGAAUCGAAAGUUCUAACAUUUUUUUUGUGACAGCAGUUUCAACAUGACAUGAGUUCAAGUAAACUAUGGAUAAUUUUACAGAUUUCAAAUGUAUUGUUG